ACUUUGAUAUCUUCUGGUACUUUUUCUGUGAUCUGCUCUUGCCAUGACAAGUAUGUGUCGACCUUCUUGCGGUGCUCCUCGUGGAACACUCCUCCAGUUGCUUCAAUUUCUACUUUGCCAUCCAAGCUGGAAUGUUCGUAAAACAGCUUACAAUUCUGUUACAAAGAUCUUCCUCACAACUUCACAGCUAGCCACUACACUUUUAGACGAGUUCUCGGAUUUUCUUCCCCUAACUGGGGACCAAAUUGUUUCUUUUAGAACCAGUGACGCAGAUAAUCCCGUGGAUCAUCAAGCUCCUUUCGUCCCUUCUGUAGAGGUUUUAGUGAAGGCUUUGAUUGUCAUUUCAUCGGCAGCAGUUACUGGACCUCCAAGCUCAUGGAUUGUUCAAGCCAUAUUCUGCUCGCAUCAUCCCAGCGUAGUUGGUACUGGAACAAGAGAAGAUGUUUGGAAGGCUAGAGAAGCUGCAAAUUCGGGGAGAAGGGACAUUGCAAAGUUGACCAAGAAAGCUGCUGCAGCAGAACCACUGGCUGAUGCUCUUUAUGAAAGCCCGACAUCAAUCCAGGUCACUGCCUUUCUUGAAUUGUUACUUUUUGUGGCAAUAAGUAUGGUUUUUCAAAGAUUAAUUGGUUUUGAAGCUAUCUCUUUCCACUUUAUUUCUCUGUACAUCCGUGAUGCUACGUCUGGUGAGGAUGUCUUUGAUGCUGAUUGGAUAGGAAGGCAGGGAAUUGCCUUAGCACUGCAAUCUGCUGCUGAUGUAUUGACAACAAAGGACCUUCUUGCUGUUAUGACCUUUUUGAUAUCCCGCGCAUUGGUUGAUCCCAACACAGAUGUUCGUGGAAAGAUGAUCAAUGCUGGUCUAUCGUCUGUUUUCUCUGAUGAUUCGUUAGGAGGAGGCCCCUGCCCUUUUUUUGAGCUCUUGGAUAAGCUAAUGAAGAGUGAUAACUAUGGUGAGCGUAGAGGAGCAGCUUUUGGUCUUGCGGGAGUAGUUAUGGGCUUUGGAAUUUCUAGCUUGAAGAAAUACGGUCUUAUAGUCACUUUGCAAGAAGCACUUAUUGACAGCCGCCAUGGACAUCGGAAUACAGAUGUUUCCGCCGUCUCUAAACCUUUCUUGACUAUGUCUUCCGUCGCGAGAUCACUUCUUCCAGCUCGCCGUCGUCUCCGACUAGAUCCUUCAAGUUAUCUGUAUUUCCCUUUUUUCAAGUUUGUGGAACAUCCAGAGAACAAUGUAAAACAGAAGUUGAACCAGAAGAGCAAGGUUAAGUUUAAGAUUAUUAGCCUGAAAGUUAAACCAGGCGUAGAGUAUGUGCCUGAGUUGGCUGAAACAUUGCAACUGUUUGAUGAGCAAAAGGAUCAAGUAGCAGUGGAGCAGGUUCUUCGGGUCGUUUUUAUUGAUGCGGACCGCCCGAGUGCUGUUAUAGCAGCUCUUGGGACAGAUUACUUUGAGAAUAUACUUCCUGAUCUCAUUCGUCAUUGUUCUCAUCAAAAAGCAUCAGUCCGAGAUGGAUACCUUACGCUUUUCAAGUUCUUACCAAGAUCCUUGGGUGCUCAAUUCGAGAAGUGCUUGCAGCUUGUCUUACCGGCCAUUCUGAAUGGUCUUGCCCAUGAGAAUGAAUCUGUUCGGGAUGCAGCCCUAGGGGCUGGCCAUGUACUGGUGGAGCACCAUGCUACAACGUCUCUACCUCUUCUUCGUCCAGUUGUGGAGGAUGGUAUUUUCAAUGCUAAUUGGCGUAUCCGUCAAAGUUUCAUUGAACUGCUUGGGGAUCUAUUGUUCAAGGGUGUAUGUAUUGGCCUGAAUGAAGUGAUGGCAAGUGCUGGAAGGAGUCAGAUGCUGAGUUUCAUGGAUCAGCUCAUUCCCACAAUUCGACGACACUUUGUGAUAGCAUUUAGCACUCUGUAUAAGAGUGCUGGAUUGCAAGCAAUGGAUGAGAUUAUCCCAACUCUUCUGGAAGCCUUAGAAGAUGAUGAAAUGUCUACUACUGCCUUGGAUGGACUUAAACAAAUUAUAAGGUUUUCUUCUACUGUUUCCUCAGGCUCUUCUUCCCCUAGUCAGUUCAAAGUUUUAUGGUUUACUGAAUUUACUUUUGUAAUUGCUAUUUUCAUAACAGGGAAGUCCAAGAAUUGGCACAAGAUGCCGCAGAGAGGGUGGUCCUUGUCAUUGAUGAAGAAGGAGUUUAGACUCUAUUACCAGAACUUCUCAAAGGAGUGUCUGAUAGUCAGUUCCAAAGGAAGUACUUCAUAUAUAAAACUUGUACGCGAAGCUGUAUCUACUGCUAGGGACAAAGAGCGCAAGAAGCGGAAGGGAGGAUAUGUUGUUAUUCCUGGUCUAUGCCUCCCCAAAUCCGUUAAGCCAUUACUUCCAGUAUUUUUACAGGAUGAUCUUAAAGUCCAUAAGAUUGUGGAAAAACUGUUGGAGGUGUUGAAUACACCAUCAGAAUCUGUGCAACGUGCAGUCUCAACAUGCCUUUCUCCACUUGUUCUAUCAAAGCAAAAGGAGGCCUCUGCCCUUUUUUCUAGGCUUUUGGAUAAGCUAAUGAAGAGUGAUAAAUAUGGUGAGCGUAUAGGAGCAGCGUUUGGUCUUGAGGGAGUAGUUAUGGGCUUUGGAAUUUCUAGUUUGAAAAAAUAUUGUCUUAUAGUCACUUUGCAAGAAGCACUUAUUGACAGUUCACACCCUGUGGAACCUGGUUUUAACAGUCAUUGUCUUGUUGUUUCUCUGUUAUGGAAACGAGUAAAUGAUGGAUCUUACAAAAUGGAGAAGAUAUUGGAGUUUCUAGGCAGCAACAAGUUUCCGUUGAUUACAAAAUUGACUGAAACCAAUACUGUUUGGGUUUACUCUAGUCCUGUUAAGCUUCAGGUUAUGCUCUUCUCCAAGGCUGAUGAUUUUCAGAAACUUGCUCAGGCUCUUGAAGAUAUUGCAAGAAAAUUUAAAUCGAAGGACUUUUGUUCAGGACUCGCUCAUGGAGUUGUUUCACGCUACUAUAAGUCAGAGCCAGUUCCAGAUAAUGCAAGAAAACGCAAGCAGACUGUGGUGGGAAAGACUUUUGAUGAGUUGGUAUUAAACAGAGCUCUAAUAUUUUACUUUGACAUUUCAUACAUAGUGCAAUGGAGUUCUAAUCAUUCUCUAAAGAAAGGAUUGGCUGGUAGAGAAGCUGCAUAUUUGGGGAGAAGAGACACUGCAAAGUUGACCAAGAAAGCUGGUGUUGUUCCCGUAUAUCAAGUAUCAGUUGGACCUGCACUGAAUGAAUUGUGUCUUCGAUUUCAAGCAGCUGAUGUCGCCAAUGCGCUCUAUGGAGUCUAUUCAAAAGAUGUUCGUGCCAGAAUGGCUUGCUUAAACGCUGUAAAGUGUUUUCCUGCCUUUUCCAAAUGCUCCCUUCCUCAGAAUGUUGACCCUGAAAAGUUGCACCAUCUGAUGCUAUGUGAUCUUUAUGCUUGUAGAAUCUUUAAAGCUCUUUCUCAUAUAAAUCUCAAUGUCCGUUUAGCUGCAGCAGGAGCACUGGCUGAUGCUCUUCAUGAAAGCCCGAUAUCAUUCCAGGUCACUGCAUUUCUUGAAUUAUUACUUUGUGAUCUCCUCUUGCCAUGGCAGGUAUGUGUCGACCUUCUUGCGGUGCUCACACUCCUCCAGGAACUAACUUGGCACCUCUGUAGUGAUGCAGAUAAUCAUGUGGAUCAUCAAGCUCCUUUCGUCCCUUCUGUAGAGGUGUUAGUGAAGGCUUUGAUUGUCAUUUCAUCGACAUCAGUUUCUGGACCUCCAAGCUCAUGGAUUAUCUUUCAUACACCUGAGGGGAUGCUUUUAAGUGAACAAGCUAUCUAUGUUGCUCAGACGAUUGGUGCCAAGUACACAAACCAGGAGCCGAGUUCUAAUCAUUCUCUAAAGAAAGGAGUGGCUAGUAGAGAAGCUGCAAAUUCGGGGAGAAGGGACAUUGCAAAGUUGGCUAAGAAAGCUGUGCCAGUUGCACUAGGGUUAGGAUCAUUAACGCAUUUGAUGCUUAGCUAUUGCAAAACUCUUGUUGUGUGUUCAUUUGUGUGUUCAAUGUUCUUGUUACUUAUGGUGAGAAUUUGCAAAAUUGGCUUACUUGUGAAGGGCCAGGGAUCACUUAGUCAUCUGUUCUGGCCUUAUACUAAAGUUUUAUCGAAUGAUGCUAGGCCAAAGAAGUCUGAACCUGUUGAUAAGAAUCUUCUAAUCAUAUGCGUUAUGGAGCUUCUUGAUAGAUGGCUUGCUAUAAACUUAUUGCUUGAUGGAAGAUUUGACUUAAGUGUUUCUCAUGCGAAAGCAGAGUUUGCUUGGUACCGCGCAUCUUCUGGAAAGCCAGCAGGCGGGCGGCGUGCGAAUCAAUUUUGUGCCAACCUAAAGAAGACCGAAGACAAGAGAAUGCAGUUUGAGAGAAACACGGCUGACCAAAAGACUAAGAGGCUCGGGCUAGAGAAUACAUGCACAAGAUUGGUGAUAAGGUCUGCUACUAUUGAAGAAAUAGAAGCAGAGAAGUCUGCAAUUAAGACUGAUGUUAUGGAGAAGACCAUUGAAACGCUUCGGGCGAGUUUCAACUCCAUAAGGACAGGGAGAUCCAAUGCAGCAGUGCAUGAAAAGAUUGAGGUGGAAUAUUAUGGAAGUCCAGUAAGUUUGAAAAGCAUUGCCCAAAUCAGUACUCCAGAUGGAAGUUCUCUUUUGCUGCAACCAUAUAACAAAUCCAGGUACAUGACUUAUGGUGCGCUAAUGGUUUUCAGUAGAAGAGUUUUCGCGUCUGCUUUCUCUUGGUCGGAUCCCAAUGCUUUCAGUUUCAAGGCUAUAGAGAAGGCCAUUGUGAAUUCUGAUCUUGGAGUGACCCCUAAUAACAAUGGAGAUAAUGGAGAUGUGAUUCGACUAUCCUUACCUCCCCCUCACUUCUGAGAGAAGAAAGGUAUCUCUUCCUGGCAAUUAAACUCGGUUGAAUUUUCUAGGAACUAUCAAAGGUUGCUGCAAAACAGUCUGAAGAAGGGAAGGUCAGUAGUAAUGUUUGCCAGGUAACUCUUUUUUUCAUCUACGGUUUGGGACAUGUUUGUUGAUGAGUCCUGAGGAAGUAACUAGCUAUAGGUGGUCAUGCAAGUUUGGGGAAGUUGAGGUUCCAGCAGAGGAUUUAGUAUGUUGUGUUCUUGGCUAUCAUUGCCCCCGCUACAUGAAGUCGGUCAA